GGCACUGAAAGCAGCGCCAGUUCCCCUGCACACUCUCAUCCCUGCAGGUUGCGCUCACACACACACUCACACACACUCACGCAGAUCUGACUCCGCUGGAUUGCACCCGCUUUUUUCCCCCGUCGUUUCACAGCUUUUUUUUUUUUUUUCUCGUCGCAACUUAAAACCAAAAAAUGAGGACUCUUCUGCUUUCCGCCGCUUUCCUUCUGCUGUCGCCGGGCACCUGCCGCGCAGCGGCGGACUUCCCCGGUACUUCCCACCAGAAGUGGGACGCGAGAGUAGCCUACACUUCGGGGGCGGAUUCCGGCGCCUCCGGUUCCUGCGCCGUCAAGCUGAGACCCGCCGGCCAAUGCGGGGGCUCCGGAGCCGGGGCGGAGGAGGGCGAGGAGUGCCCGUACCAGGUGACCCUGCCUCCUCUCACCGUUCAACUGCCGAAGCAGUUCCGGCUUUUGGAGAAGGCGAUGAAGGAGCUGCAGAGCCUGAAGGAAGUGGUGAACAAGCUGAAGAGCAGCUGCCGGGAGUGCGGCGGCGGGCGGGGAAGCGGAGUCUACGGGAGCCAGCAGGCGGACCAGGGACAGACCAGGGAUGUGGCGGGACUGAAUCCGAGUGGACAGGACGUGCAAAGCGGGGCCAGUCAAGAAGAGAGGGACAACGGGAUGGUAUCCGGAGCUAACGUUGAAGGCGCCGGUGGAGGACACGGACAUCACUUUGGGAAAAUCCCGCCCGGUCCGAGCAGUAUGCAGGAGAUGCAGGUGAAGCUGAACAGGAUGUCGGUGAGCCUGCGCAACGCCCGCAACCAAAUCUCCAACUUGCAAGGUCGCAUGGAGGGCCUCAACCUGCUCAACAUGGACAACGUGCAGUCCAUGGUGGACAGACGAGUGGAGAACAUCACCGGGGUGGUCAACAAGCUGAGCUCCACUUGCACCUCCCAAUGCGCCGUCCAAACCACGCCGCAAUUCAUCUUGGCCCCUCGGGACUGUUCCGACUACAACGUGCUGGAGACGAGGAAGAAUGGGGUGUAUCGCAUCACCCCCGACCCCCGCAACGGAACGUUCGAGGCCUAUUGUGACAUGGAGUCCUUCGGCGGCGGCUGGACGGUGAUACAACAGCGACUCGAUGGGUCCGUCAGCUUCAACCGCACUUGGAACGAAUACAAGAAGGGCUUCGGGAACCUCAGAGGUGAAUUCUGGCUGGGUAACGACCACAUCCACCUGCUGACAAAAGCCAAAGACAUGAUGGCUCGCAUCGAGCUGGAGGAUUUCGAGGGCGUGCGGGAGUACGCCAAGUACGACCAGUUCUACGUGGCCAACGACUUCCUGCGCUACAGGCUGUCCAUCAGCGGCUACAGCGGGACGGCCGGGAACGCCAUCAGCUUCAACAAGCACUUCAACCACGACCAAAAGUUCUUCUCCACCCCGGACCGCGACAACGACAUGUACCCCUCGGGAAACUGCGGCGCCUACUACAGCUCCGGUUGGUGGUUUGACGCCUGCAUGUCGGCCAACCUCAACGGCAAGUACUACCACAAAAGGUACAAGGGGGUCAGGAACGGGAUCUUCUGGGGGACGUGGCACAACAUGUCGACGGAGUACUACCCGACCAACUACAGGCAGGCCUUCAAAACGGUCAAGAUGAUGAUACGGCCCAAGAAUUACGUUCCGUAACGGGAACGGGGAACGAAUGAUGGAAAAAAAAAAUGGACAGACAGAAGUAGUACCGGAAACUUACUUACACAUGUCAAUAAACACGAACCUGUUGGGCAAUUUGAAAACAGUCCAAAGUAGGGAUGCACCGAUAUCAAUGUCAUAUGUGUGCACUCGUAAAAAAAAUUGUAAUAAUAAUAAAAUGGUCCGAUACUAUGACAUCAAGAGCACAUCGCCAGCCUGCUAGUUGUUGAUCUGGCAAUCAAUGAGUUCCUCCAUUUAGGUCGAAGCUCCCUGGUGGAUGCCACCAGUAUUGCAUCUCAAAGAUUAGGCUACGCACGAGAAAGUACACGCAACUCCGGAGUCAAAAUGCAAAUGGUUUCGUGAAUCGAUGAUUCCUCUGAUUCUAAAGCCAAUUUAAAACAACUUGACCCUCACAGAGUCCAAAGUAAAAGACACGUAAACAAGCGUCCGUGUGGUAUCCGCAUCUAGAAAAGUGGUAUCGGUGCAUCCCUUGUCCUGAACAAAAAUUCAAAUAAGAGUUCUUUCAUUUCUCCACUGUGGCGAAUAUAGCCGUCUAAAUGUUGAAUUAAAAUGACAAUAAACGACAAUGGACUGUGAACAAAGACCGACGGUGUAAAAGCUAGCCUCCUGCGGGGGCCAUCCUAUUAAAUGGGGUGUUACUAUGGAUGAUAUAUUUUUUUUUCUCCACUUGUUCUCUGUCAAUAAUCCACUUCCUGUCCUGCUGCAUCGUUCUAUUAAACCAGAUUAGACUCGGCUCAGCCACAGAAGUAGUUAAAACGAGUGAGCUGUCAUUUUUUUUUCUCCACUACUCCGCUUUCAUAAGUAACAACAGGCAUUCGAGUGAGUUAUACAAGAGCAGGAUAGUCCCGUUUUGGAGAAUGUCGAACUGGUGACAGGCAGAGGUACACAAGUAAUAGCCGCCCAAUUGUUCUUUUUUUUAUUUUUUUAAUACAACUCACUCGGCGCAUAUUACCCACAAUACCAAGCAUAUUUGUGUUUUAUUAAUGACACAAAACAAUAACACCACUACUGGAACAACAGAAAGAGUCAUUAUUUUUUUUAAAAUCACUACUUGUAUAAUACUGCCACCUACCGCCAGAUCACUGUAUUGCAUCAUUUUAUUCCCCCUAACACACUGUGAAUGAGCAGAAUGCAGGAAAGAUUUGUUUCCAUAUUAAGGACGUGUACAGUAUUUAUUUUUUAUUUUAUGAAAUUUGAUAGACUUUAUAUGUCCGGGAGUCAUAGAAAAAAACAAGGUCUGAUAAGAAUGAUGAUGUUUAUAUUUCAGCAAUGAAGGAGACAUUGUUGUGGCCAUUCGUCGUAUAUUAAUGAGUGAGUGGAAAGAAAGCUUGGCGUGUGUGUACAAUAUAUUUUCUAUCAUUCAUAGUCAUUGUCAUCCCAAAGGAUAUGCACUUUUGAUAUUUAAAACAAAAUAAAGUUCAAUUUCAAUGGCUGUAA